AUGAGGGAGGAGAAGUUCCACCUGUCCUGCAGAGAGACGUCCAGGAAGAUCUGCCUCCAGGUGCUGCCUUCAUACCUGCUGGCCGGGCAGGGCAUGGUGACCGCCGGCAUGCUGCUAGACCAGGUGCAGCACUGGGAGGUGUUCAAAGAGAUUUCUGAGGUUUUUAUUUUGGUGCCAGCUCUGGUGGGGCUGAAGGGAAAUCUAGAGAUGACGUUGGCUUCCAGACUGUCGACGGCGGCCAACACUGGACAGCUGGAUGAGGCCUGGCAGCGGCAGAGGAUGGUGUUUUGUAAUUUGGCUCUCAUUCAGCUGCAGGCCACAGUUGUGGGGUUCCUGGCAGCUGUUGCUGCUGUGGCUCUCGGCUGUCUGACCAGAGGAAGAGUGGACGGCGUCCAGGCGGCUGUCCUGUGUGCCAGUAGCGUCACCACUGCCUUCAUGGCUGCAAUUUCUCUAGCAGGUUCUACGCUUCAUGCAUCUUUAAUUUCUGUUACAGGCGUGGUGGUGGUGGCAGUGAUUAUCGGCUCCAGAAAGGUGGGCAUCAACCCAGACAACGUGGCCACGCCCAUCGCUGCCAGCCUCGGAGACCUCAUCACGCUGUCGUUGCUUGCUCAUGUCAGCAGCUUCUUUUUUUGUUACAAAGACAUGUGGUACCUGCCAUUUGUAGUCUGUGGCUUCUUCCUACUUAUUAUCCCAGUGUGGGUCAUUGUUGCCAGUCACUCUCCGCCGGUCAGAGAGCUGCUAAAGUCAGGCUGGCAGCCAGUUAUUUCAGCCAUGUUGAUCAGCAGUAUUGGUGGUCUGAUUCUGGAUAAAACUGUGAGCAGUCCAAAUUUUGAAGGGAUGGCAGUGUUUACUCCAGUCAUCAAUGGUGUCGGAGGAAAUAUUGUGGCCAUCCAGGCUAGCAGGAUGUCAACGUACUGUCAUUCAUGGAGUGUUCCUGGAGUGCUUCCAUCUGAAAUGAGUUCCAGCUGUCCUGGACCUUGUGCCACCUUCUGCUCCUCAGAGGAUGACCCAUCAGCGGCGACAACGGCUGCGGUAUCUCGGAUGCUAAAGGAGGCCUUCGACCUCGAGGAGGAGCCGCUGCUGGACCGCGCUCAUCGCAUCCCAGCCCCCAAACCGAAAGCAGGCGAGCGGGCCCGUCCGAUUGUAGCUAAGUUUCACUACCAAGCGGAUUGUGUGAAAAUCCUGGCGAAGGCGAGGGAGUUGCAGCGGGUCAAAGUGAACGGUACGAAUAUCUUCGUUUUCCCUGACUACACUGCCAAAACGGCCCGAGCGCGGGCGGCCUUCACGGAAUGUCGUCGCAAGCUGCGGGACAUCGAGGGGGUUCGGUUCGGCCUGCUCCACCCGGCCCGGCUGAAGAUCACGUUUGAGGAUCCAACCAUUGUCAUCGUUCAGGUGGUCAUUCUGCUCUACAUGGCUGGGCUGAUGGUGCGCUGUCUGUGGCGACGGUGCUUGGAUCCAGACAACUACUCCAUCCCUUACCUCACUGCUUUAGGGGACCUGCUGGGGACCGGCUUCUUGGCCCUGAGCUUCAGACUAGUCUUGAUGUUCAGAUCUAGUGGGUUUGACAUGUACAGUAUGUGA